UAAGGACUUUCAAAUAAGCACUCCCAAGCCCGAGCGAAUCAAACCAUCCCCAAUUCCGAAGGUAGUCGUCACGUCGUCACGUCGUCACGUCGUCAAUUCUCGCCUUCCAAAGACAUCACCACAGCUGCAUAGCAGAAGCAGACUUCCACACCGAAUCCUCAUCCAUGGUUUUGCUUCAAUCCUCUUCAGGGUCGCCUAUCUGUUCCCUUCUUUUGCCUCCUCGUUCUCUUUCUUUUUCCAGAAAUUCCAUUUUCUACUCUAAACACCGCUUCAAGUUCCCCAGAAAAUCUAUGUCCAUCUUAGCCUGUUCUGCUCCUAACGCUCUUCCGAAGACCGAGCAGGAAUUCAUGGAAGCCGUAGCCAAGGCCGAUGGCGAUGAGGAGAACAGCCUUCCUGCUGUGAGAUCCUACGAGAACGACUUGGGUCGGCUUACUUUAAUCGGCGGGGUCGCUUUCCAACAAGCUUUAACUGCUGCAGCUGCUGAUGGUGGGGGAGCUGCCGACGAGCAUAUUGCUUCUGGCAUGCCUACCAUGGUCGUUGAGACUGUAUUUCCUGGCCCAUCAGACGAACAUAGCACUGUCUCAACCAGACUGUUCUUGUCAGCCAGGAAAGUUAAAGAGAAGGCCAGGAAGCUGAGAAGCACUCUGACUGCAGAUGUGCUGUCUGGUACUACCUCUCAAAAUAUACUUACCAUGACAUUUAGACAAGUAGUUCUGCAACAGCUUUGGAGUUUUGAACUGGUAGUAUUUAGUCCUGGAACUAAGAGAAACAUGGGAGAUCUUGAGAGUCCAAGAGAGCAGGUUCCCGUGUUUUUCACUCUAAGCUCAUCAGAUGGACAGGUGCUUUCCAUGCUUGCAGAAGCCAUUUGCAAGUUUUCUCUUGAGUGCACUGAAAGUGAUUUCCUUGAGAACUCAUUGGGCAAAACGUCAAACAAUAUUUUUCAAUGGUUUCACAAGUCCAAAAGGAUAGAUUGGAAUGGCUCUUCAGUUUCCAUUUAUGAAACAUUUGAAGAUGAGAUAAUAAAAAAUGCAAAGGAUUUGUUAGAAAAAUUUAAUGCAAUGAAGGCAGAUUAUAGGCCUAAAAAAAUUAAGAACCACUGGUGGAUGUCAUCGACAUAUUCCAAAAUGGAAAAAAUUGGUGGUCCUGAGUUCGGUAGUUGGAUAAGUGAGUACAUCCCUGCUUACAGGUUGCAGAUUGAUGCUGCUAAGCUUAAAAAUGUAAAGUUCGAAGGCUGGAAAAGGUCUGGUGAUAAUAGGUGGGAAGUUCUUUUGACCCACUCCCAAAUGGUUGGUCUGGCUAAUAUUAUAGAUAUGUACUAUGAAGACUUGUACACACUCCCAAAUAAACAGCUGUGUUCAGGUGUUGUUGCAGAUUUGACUAACCUAUCAAAAAAUAAGAGAACUUCUUUGUCAAAGCUGCUAUCAGUCGUUCUUGCUGGUGGAUUGAUUCUGGUUUCGGUUAGUGUUCUAACUCAACUUUGUUGGCCUCGGAUCAACAAGGGCAGGAAAUAUCCUGUAACACAUUUUCCAGUUCUGUUGUCUGAAGAUGACUGCUACCAUCAUAAGUUCCUUGAAGAAAAUGAGUUGGAAACCCUGUGUGUAUCAAUCAUCAAAAAGAUCAAGGAAGCUUUUGGUUGGCCAGGGGAUAUACUAAUGGACAGAGAUUCUGGUGUCUGGAUCGGAGAACUCCCAAAUUACUUGAGGAGGAAUGGUAGUAUGGAUCCAGUUAAAGAGAUUGUUUCCAACAGUGGAGAAGAUAUUUCUAUGUGCUCUAUUGCGCCAAACAAAAGUGAAGGUGAUGCCAGCAUAUCAGCUCAGGAUAUUGCUAGUUAUCAGGUGGUGCUAUCAAAAGAUGGGAAGAUAAUUGGGUUUCAGCCUACAAGCCGUUUGGCUGUUAAUCAUUGGGGAGGCAAUCCCUUGGCGCAGGAACUAUACGGUGGGCGAAAGUUAUCCCCUGGUCUUAUAGAACCUGGUCUCAAUAUCCCCCGACCAGAUGAAAUUGUUUUAAUUGAGCUGUUGAUGUCGGUCAACCCCGAAUCCCGAUUUGCAUUGGCGAGGGCAAUUAAAUGAUCAUGUAAGAGAAAGCAAGCUACAUGGUUUUUGUUUUUCUUUUCCCCUUUUAGGUUGCUCAAUUAUUCUUUUUUUUAAUGGGUGGGUUUGGCAUGCCUCCAUUGUAAAUGAAGGUUUUUCGGUUUGGUUGUCAUCAUUUGAGUCCACAUUGACAGCAAAUAUGCAUUUGAGCUGAAAAUUUGUCGUCAUUGUCGAGUUAGCAGAGAAGUUUAUUGUCAUUGUGGAUAAUGGGAAAUGAAAUUAAAAGGAAAGAAACUAGUUUUCAUGGUGGGUA